GCUCUAUAUAAACCCCGAACUCACCCUUUCCUUAACCAUCUUCAUCUUUUAACUUCCGAAUCACUCUACCUGGAAAUUCCAAAUUUCCAACGCCGCCUCUCCCGGUGUCUCCUCCGUAUCUCUCGCCGGUUCUCCGCCGCUUGCUCUUUCACGCCACCUACGUCUCUCGAUCUCACUCGUUCGUCCAUUUUCCGUGCUCGUGAAUCUAGGUCCUUUGCCUUUUUCUCUUCCCGAUACCAGUUUUUGGAAACCAGAUCUGCCGGAUCCAUUCUCUUCUUUUCGUUUCAACUGUUGAGAUCGUGUUGUUCAUCCGCCUUCUUCUGGAUUCCAGUGCCGUUGUUUUACUCCGAUCAGUUUUGUGGCAGAUUCGGUAAGGAAUGGCCAAGUUCGCAUCGAUUUGUUGUGCAGUUCUUUCGGCUCUGCUUUUGGCGCAAUUCACUGUUUCUUCGGAUUCUAUAGCGGAAUCCCCCGCUCCGCCGCCGCAGACAGGCGCGGAUUCACCUUCGUCGCGCUCUCCUUCCAUUUCCAGUCCACCGGACGCAUCUCCACGGAAUGCACCGGUAAGUUCUGCUCCAUCGCCUUUACCAUCAGAUCUUGCUCCUGGUUCAUCUCCGACUCGAUCGCUGCCUCCUUCCUCUUCUCUGGCUCCUUCUCCACCGCCAUCUGAACCUAGCGACUUUAACCGGAGCAAUGUGAGUAAAGAAGACGAAUCGGAUGGAGAGUCGAAGGACGGGAUGAGUGGAGCUCAGAAAUUUGGAAUCGCAGUAGGAGUGAUUGCGGCGGCUGGUUUGGUUGGAUUUGGAGGAUUGAUUUACAAGAAACGCCAAGCCAAUAUUCGCCGAUCUGGCUAUGGUUAUACUGCGAGGAGAGAGAUUCUCUGAAGACCGCCAUGGCUCUGGUACCUCUUGGUUUCUUAAUGUAAUUGGUUUUGGUAACACAUUUUUAGGGAUUCAUCGACAGUUCCAACUUCUGGAUUAAAUAUUCUUUUUGCUCGAUUACAAUUCCAUUAUAAGUUACUGAUGUGUUAAUUUUACUGUUCUAUUUCAAUGUCUUCGAAUUCAUAUUU